AUAUCCCUCCACCAGUUCAGUAUGUACUCUAGUUAGUAAAUCCAACUCUAUCUUAACCUCCCCUCCAUGCACUAUGCAUCCGAGCUUAAACCGGCAUCUCACGACACGACACGAUAUCACAUGACUUCGCCAUGAAGAAGAAAAAAAGCAGGCCUCCAUCCAUCUUUCUUCUGUUGCAUGUGCCAUGUACAUAACUCCCGAGUCUGCCUGGAGCCAACAACCGUUGACUAUCGGAGCUGAGCCGUUCCUGUUCCUGCAUGAGCAGAAAAAAACAACCAGUCCUUCCUCCGGCCUUCCCUGCAGUCUACUCUACUCUAACUAGUCCACGCACCCCGAACCCCCACUCCCCCCCCGCCACAUGGCUGCUCCCGCUCGUGCCCUCUAUCGCACCACGCUUGCCGCGUCCUCCAUCAUCUCGCCGCGGCACGCGCCAUCACUCGUACGGCUCUGCACUCUCGCCCGAGGAAUCAGCGACAUCGCUACCUCGGCGGUACCUCCACAUCUCGCGGCACCCACUCCUCCCCCCCCUCCCGCCCAUGCCUCCCCCGCGCCCAAGCCCAACAACGGCGGCUUCGUCGCGCGCACAUCCUUCACCACGGCGGGCUCCAUCACGCCGUCGUUCUUCCUUGGCCACCACAAGGCGGGCCUAGACCGGAUGAAGGAGUCGGUGGGCAGCGUAUCGCUCGUGAUCGAGUGCCGCGACUACCGGGUGCCGCUGGCCUCAAGGAACCCGCUGUUUGAGUCCACACUGCUCGGGAAGGAGCGCGUAGUCGUCUAUACAAAGCGCGAUCUCGGGAUGCUGGUGCUGGAUGAUAAGACGCGCGAUAUCAUGACGCGCUGGCACCACCCGCACACAGUCUUCUUCUCGGACACGACGUCACGGGGUGACAUACAAACGAUCGUAUCGUACUGCCAGGGGGUAGCGCGAGAGAACGACAGUCUUACCGGGCUGCGGAUCCUAAUCGUCGGCAUGCCGAACGUUGGCAAGUCGACGUUGCUGAACGCGCUGCGGCGGGCGGGGACGGGGAACGCCACCAAGGCGGCAAAGACAGGCGGCCAGCCGGGGAUCACUAGAAAGCUGUCGAAUACCGUCAAGAUCUCUGGCGAGGAGGAUGGGCUGAUUUACGUCAUCGACACCCCCGGGGUUUUUGUCCCGUACAUGCCGAAUCCACAGACGAUGCUGAAGCUGGCCCUGGUGGGCAGUGUGAAGGACUCCCUCGUCCCCCUGAUCACCCUCGCGGAUUACCUCCUGUUCCAGAUCAACCGUGCGGAUCCGAAAUUGUACAAGCAGUGGUGUGCGCCGACGAACGACGUGCUGGUGUGGCUGCGGGCGGUGGCGAAGAAGACGGGGAAGCUGCUGAAGGGUGGGGAGGCGGAUGUGGAGGCGGCUGCGAUAUGGAUGCUGGGGCGGUAUAGGAAGGGGCUGCUUGGGAGGUUUAUACUCGACGAUGUUAAGGAGGGGGCACUUGAAGAGUGGAUACAGGGCGAGGGCAAGGUCGAAGAGAGUGAGACCGCCGCGAGGAGGAGGAUACGGAAAGAAAAGUCUGAGGCUAGGAGGAAAAAGGGGGCAGGCGCCCUGGGUGGUGCUGUGGAGUAACACUAUAUUUCGACAUGCAAUACAAACUAGCUCUCAGAAGCUGGCGAUGCACAAAU